CAUCUUCCACUGAAAUCCCUAAGGUCCAAGACUUUUGACAAAGUGUCACCUGGAAGACAGUUAAAUGCCGACCUCCUCCACCGCUGGAUUUUGUUAUCCCACAAAAGCUGGACGGCUGGAUCGGCACCGCUGCUGCAGAGAGGAACCCCAGCCCCGGAGGAACCCCAGCCCCGGAGGACCCCGCUCUGUCUCCCCAGGGUUCUGAUCGCGGCGCUGGAAGCCCUCGGUGCUAUGCUACCCUGCCACGUGCCGAACCGAAGGCAUCCAUCCAAGUGGAUGUUUGUCCCUCUCCUCCUUCUCCUGGCUGAGCUCGGCUGCAGCGCCCAACCCACUUACCCGUGGAAAGAUGCGGUGACGAACAGAAAGCUCACGUGCCAGCAGUGCCCGCCGGGGACCUUCGUGGCACAGCACUGCACCAGGGACAGACAGACAGUGUGCAAACCCUGCCCGGAUUUGCACUACACACAGUACUGGAACUACCUGGAGAAGUGCCGGUACUGUAACGUCAUCUGCGAGGAGAAGCAGGUGGAGGUGCAGCAGUGCAAUUCCACCCACAACCGCGUCUGUCAGUGCCAGGAGGGCUACUACUCCGAGAUGGAAUUCUGCAUCAGGCACUCCGAGUGCCCGCCGGGCUUCGGCGUGGAGAAGCUGGGUACCCCCUUCGAGAACACCCAGUGCGGCGCCUGCCCCCGCGGCUUCUUCUCUUCCUCCAACUCCAGCACCAAGCCCUGCCAGCCGCACCAGGACUGCGAGCAGCAGGGGAAGGUGACCAACGUGCAGGGCAACCAGUACCACGACACCCUCUGCACCUCCUGCAAACUGGGGAGAAGCAACGGCACGCAGGGGCCAGCCCUAGGAGACGACGACUGUGAGCAAGCCAUGAUAGACUUUGUGGCGUACCAGAACAUCCCCGUCAGAAAGCUGAAGCGCCUGCAGCAAAUUCUGGAGCGCUCGCCGAGGAAGCAGGCGCCGGGGACCAGGGCGGUCAUCCAGGAGAAGUUCAGGACUUUCCUCACCCACCUCAAGGAGGGGCACUACGAGGUCACCAAGGAGCUGCUGGACGCGCUGCGAGCCGCCAAGCUUCAUUCCAUCGAGGAGAAGGUCCGCGAGCGCUUCCUCCUCCACUGAGAACACAGACUGAACUUUCCGGGUGGUUUUUGGUUUGAUUUUUUUUUUUAUUUUAUUUUUUUUUAUUUUUUUCCUCCUGUGGCUUCAUUAAUUUAUUCAUCUUUCCAAACCUAACUUGAAACGCAGCGUUAGAGAUGAGCGCUGGGUCGGAGUUAAGCCGUGCCUGGGUCCCGCUCUGCGGGCGGGCGGAUCGCUGCCUCGGGGUGGGAUGCUCUGAGCACCAGCGUCCCAGCGCCAGCGGCUGGUGCAGCUCCUGGGAGCUCCCUGGCUGCUGGCCCCUGGUUUUUCCAGCACUCAACAAGGUUUAAUAUUUUAUCAGAAGAGAAACAUGCGGCCAGGGUCAGUUUUUUCAGGGGAAGAACCCAGCUCCUCCUCUUUAGAAAACUGUCUGGCUUUGUUUACAACUGUGCAGGUUUGGGGUUUGUGGGGUUUUUUUUAGUUAUUUAACAGUACUUCCCACAGAGGAUUCACUUGCAUUUGAUCACCAUGCUUUGUUUUGAGAAGGGAGUUUACUGUUGAGACACACUUUGGGUGUAGGAUGUCUCUGAAGUCACUGGUACAGCCAGCUUUAAAUUUAUUUCUAAACUACCUGGUUUUAUACCAUGUGUGAGGGAUGUUUUCUAAAAAAAAAAAAAAAAAAGAAAGGAACCAAAGUUAUUUUAUUAUAC